CUGGACGAUGCUAUCAAAACGAUCGACAACAACGCGGAUUUGCAACAGAAUUGCUUAAAUCUGGAGUCGCGGGCCACAUGCUUUAUGCACGAGCUCACUCAUAUCGGUUGGGGCACUGCAAAAGUGUGUCGUGGAGUAACGGAUGCCAAGGGCUGCGAUGAUCACUUUUAUAUCCUCGGAAAUAAACCAGAGACAGUCUAUGGCCCCGGAUUCGCAAAGCUGCUAGCCAAAGUCCCAUUUGACAAGAACAAGAAUUUUCUCGCGGCCACGAACAGCGACAACUUCGCGUUCUACGCAGCGUCAAAGUUUAUGCAAAAGCGUUGGAAGCAGUAUCCAAAGUACCCCUCGGCGUGGGAUCCUAACAAAGACUUGGGGCAAAACUGGGAGGCGCAAAAGAGUGAGCCCGGGUUCCCGCCAGAGCGCAAAAACGCAGCUGUCCCUGAUGCCUUCGAUUAUAAUGUGGACCAAAAGAGCCCACCCGCCGAUUUGAAGAAUGGUGUUUAUAUUCCCAUGGAAUCGUACCCGGAGUGGUAUCAACCCGUAAUCAAAGCUGCACGGGGCGACCCUGUCCCAGAUGUUACGGAGCCUACCGGUGCGCCAACCUACAACGGUCCGGCAAACGAUGAUAUUGUGUGCGAGACGUCAGAUGGGUCGCCAGAGAUCACUGACUGCUAUCACGCAUUCGGAACGUUGAAGAUGUCUGGGAGUAUGGGAGUGUUACAUGGGAAGAAAGACGGGACUUGGUGGGCGGGUUACGUACAGUCUUGUGCAUUGGCAAUCUUCUACACAGAAGACUGGGGAGAUGAUUGUGGAAUGUCGUUGAAGGAUGUCAACGACUACUCGACAGCCAUCUUGGAAAAAUGUGCGAAAGGUGACAAGAAUGUGGUUGGCGGGCACGCGUCGAUUAAGUUGGCGAAUUGCCCGGGGCAAGUCCAGAUUUAUCAUACUACGGAUGGGUCGCCUCCACAGGGCGGUUUACAGUGAGGAGAGGCGUUCGUUUUUUGAAAGAAUGAAGCGACAAGGAGGUCUAGCAUUGCAUAUGGCGUUGCGAUCUUCGGUAAUUGAGUCGUCUUAGAGGCAGCAUCCAGGUUUUCAUUUCAAGAAAUAAACAGUCCUGUCAGGUAUAUUGGCUCUGAUUCUUUUGGGUGUCUAGCUAGCUGUAUAUAUAGCAGGAGAAGGACGGGGGCCACCCCUGGG